CUGAACAAAGCUUCAAGCGCCCAGAGAGAGAGAGAGAGAGGAGGGGUCAGCAAUGGCUGCGAAGUCGAUCUGUUCGUCUUUCUCGAUUCGUUCCAUGGCGACCCAGAAGCCUUCUCCGUCCACGGCAAGAACUGUAAGCUCCAAAAAGAACUCGGUGGUUUUUCCUCUGGGAGAGCCAGGUCCACGGCGAAGCAACUCAUCAACCACCGCAUCACCGCCGGUGAAGCUGCUAACGAGAGUCGAGCAGCUCAAACUCCUCAGCAAAGCCGAAAGGGCCGGACUUUUGUCCUUGGCCGAGAAAUCCGGUUUCUCUCUGUCGACCAUUGAGCGUCUUGGCUUGCUAUCCAAGGCAGAGGAGCUCGGUAUUUUGUCCGCAGCCACUAACCCCGAAACGCCCGGAACCCUCUUCGGUCUGAGCCUUCUGUUGCUGCUUCUCGGUCCGGUAUGUGUCUACAUUGUCCCUGAGGACUACACCUGGGAAGUUGUUGUUCAGGUUGUGGUCGCCCUUGCCUCUGUUCUUGGUGGCUCUGCUGCUUUUGCUGCUUCUAGUUUUGUCUCUAAUCUGCAGAAAUCUGGUUAGCUCAACCGGUUUCGGCUCGGUUUUCUUCCUGUUUGCAGUUAAUCGAGAAGUUAUUCACCAUAUUUCGUGUAUGUAUAUGGAUUGGUAUAGUCGGUUUUUACUUCAGCAAUCAUGUUGAUGCAUCUGGUUUCAUCUGGAUGCAAAAACC